AUGUCUCAUGGAAACACGCCAUCUCAACAUAACUCCACAAUAGCCAUUUCUCCUUUGGUUGCGAAUGCAAGCUCACAGGCACAAUCCCAGCGACAGCAACAAUCUGGUGCGCGGCAUUGGUCCGGUCCUACGUCAACUGCACAAACACCACACAACCCAGUGGCAUACAGCCCACUAGUUCAAAAAAUUCAGAAAAAUGCUUCUUUAGCUACACCUGCCCCACACGUUGACAAUGGUUCAACUGCGGGCCUACUGGCAUCAAUGACAAAGAAUGGACUCUUUGGGCCCGCAAUUCCAUCGACCCUGAGGAAGGUUAGUAUAGGAGCUAGAGAUAUACCUCAUUCAACGAGUAAACCAAAUGGAUUAGUUACGGGAAAUCAUGAUAAAGAUGAUGGAAAUCCAACUGCAUAUAUCACAGCUGGCAUGCCUGGGAUAAAUAUCGCUGACCUUCCAGCCGCUGAGAAGCUGCGAUUAUGGAGACAUGAUGCUUUAAUGCAGCAUCACUAUCGCACCGCUGAGUACAUUGGUGAUAAAGUUUAUUCAAUGACUCAAGAUCCUAAUGAUGCGUUUUGGCUGGCACAGGUUUACUAUAGUAAUGGAUCAUAUAUAAGGGCAGUCGAACUUCUUUCAGGAGAUAAUCUCGAUUCCUCGAGUGUUAUGUGCCGGUACCUUACUGCUCUUUGCCUGAUCAAGUUAGGGAAAUACGAUGAAGCUCUUGACAUUGUGGGCGAGCUCAACCCAUUCAGAGAUUCCCCGGGGCAUUUGGUCAAGAAUCAAGACGGUGGAAUCAAGCUAGAGUCUUCCUUAUGCUAUCUUAGAGGCAAGAUAUAUUCUGCACAAAAUAGUUUCGAAAAAGCAAAAGAGUCUCUCAAGGAAGCUGUUCAAGUGGAUGUCAAGAAUUUCGAGGCGUUUGAUGAAUUGAUCAGUAACAAUCUGUUAACCCCUAAUGAAGAGUGGGAUUUUCUUUCUACACUGGAUUUUUCAGAUCUGGACGAUAACGAGGACCUCAUACGAAGCUUGUAUGUAACCAGACUUUCCAAAUAUUUGAAUCUCGAGGAAGUUAACAAGGCUCAUGAUUUUCUAGUGGAAGAAUAUAAGUUAAAGGACAAUACUGGUGUUAUUCAAAGCAAGGUUGAUAUGUUAUUCACCCAAUGCAAGUUCACAAACUGUUUGAAGUUAUGCGAAACCGUUUUGGAGAAAGAUGAGUUCAACUUCACAAUUCUCCCGACAUAUAUUUCGUGUUUGUAUGAGCUGGGUGGAAAAAACAAGCUGUUUCUCAUUUCUCAUAAGUUGGCUGAAAACUUCCCUAAACAUGCUACUACUUGGUUUGGUGUUGGAACAUAUUAUAUGUGUAUUAACAAAAUUUCAGAAGCAAGAAAAUACUUUUCAAAGGCCUCUAUAUUAGAUCCAACAUUUGGACAAGCUUGGAUUGGGUUUGCACAUACUUAUGCUAUUGAGGGCGAACAUGAACAAGCUGUGUCUGCAUAUUCGACUGCAUCAAGAUUCUUCCCAGGUACGCAUUUACCGAACCUCUUUUUGGGAAUGCAGUAUUUACUCAUGGAUACUCUCUCCCUGGCAGAGGAAUAUUUUAUUUUAGCCUAUGAUGUUUGUCCUUAUGAUCCUCUUUUAUUGAAUGAGAUGGGCGUUUUAUUCUUCAAGAAAAAUGACUACCUAAAGGCAAAAAAGUACCUGAAGAAAGCAUGGGAAGCGAUUAAAAGGCUUGACUCCGAAUCAAAGUCUUGGGUUUCGAUACACACAAAUCUAGCACAUACGUAUCGUAAGCUGGGAGAUAACGAACGUGCAGUGAGGUGUUUCAAGUUAGUACUUGAAACAGCAGGGAAGGACACAGAUACACUUUGUGCCCUUGGAUUCGUCUAUCUUAGAAUGAAUAGAAUUGAGAAGGCAAUCGAUUCUUUGCACAGUUCUCUAGCCCUUUGUCCUUCUAAUCAAGCUGCACAGGACCUUUUAAAACAAGCGCUGGAUGUAAAUUUGACUACGGUUCUGGAUGAAAAUCACCCUCUAGUAGUCAAUUCAAGAAUUCAAGAAUACGGCGUGGGGCUUACAUCAAAAAAACGCUCCUCUGCGAAUUUUGAUGCUUCAAUUAUAGCUAAACGCUUAAAACAGGGACAGGACUCGACAGAUGAUGAGGGUGACGAAAUGGACUUAGAAUAA